UAAAUAUAUUUAAAGAAGUGAUAAUUAAACAAUUAAUAUGUUAAUACAAAAUAUUAAAAUUUUUUAGGCUAUAUCACAUUUAACUAUAAGUAAUAGAUGGACAUCUAUAGUUCGAUGCUACGGGUUAACACAAAAUACAUCAGAUGGAAAUUAUAUGCUUGUAAUAAGAAAAAUGGAUAUGGAUUUAAGAAAAUAUUUUCAGCAAAAUCAUAAUCAACUUACAUGGGAAGAAAGGGUUCAAAUUACUUAUGAUAUAAUUAUUGCACUUUGUAGAAUUCAUAGAGAAAAAGCAAUUCAUAGAGAUUUGCAUUCUAAGAAUAUAUUAUAUAUUCACUAUGAUCAAAGGUUUUACAUUAGUGAUCUUGGAUUUUGUGGUCCAGCAAAUAGACCAUCAAAAAGUAUAUAUGGAAAUCUUCCUUAUAUAGCACCUGAGGUUAUUAAUGGAAAAGGAUAUACUUUUAAAUCUGAUAUUUAUAGUAUUGCAAUGCUUAUGUGGGAAAUUUCAUCAGGUCAACCACCGUUUAUUAAUUACGAACAUGAUUACGAUCUUGCAAUGAAUAUAAUUAAUGGUAUUAGACCAAAAAUUGUACCGGGAACUCCUUUAGAAUAUAAAAAUUUAAUAGAACAAUGUUGGGAUGCUGAUCCAUUAAAAAGACCUGAUGCUAGAACUCUUCGGAGAGAAAUAAAAAAAAUUUAUAUUUUAUACCAAAAUAAUCCAAGUAAAUUAGUAACAAAUAAUAAAUUAAAAAUAAAUAAAUCAAAUAGCUCAAAAUCAAAAGAUACAAAUGAUUUAUUGUAUACGAGUAAACUUCAUCAAUUUGAAGCCUUACCUGAACCAAGAAAUGCAACAGAAGAAGAACUAGAAGCAUUUCACAGUAAAUCCUAUGAUUUUGAAAUCCCCGAUAAUAUCGAAGAUUUUAAUAAAUCAAGUAGUCGUCGGACUUUUAAAAGUAGCUCCAAAAUAUUUAACAUUGAAAAGUUUCAAAGCAUGAUGUCCAAAUUAACGAAGAAAUAAUACAACAAAAUAUAAAGGAGCGUCAUUUUAAUAUUGAUUGAUACGAAAGAAUUAUAGAUUAAUAAUAAUAUUGCAACAUAUAAUUAUUUAGAUACGAAGGAAUUAUACUGUAAAUUCAGAUCAACAUUGCAAUAUUAUUUAUUAUAAAGUUAUUUACAAUUUAUUUUUUUUUAUUACUUUAUUUAUUAUUUUUUACUUAUAUUUUAGCCGUUCUUACAAUUUCUUAAUAUGUAAUUUAAAAUAAAAUUGCCGAAGCUGUUUUGUGAUUAUAUUGAGAUAAAUAAAAGUAAAUUUGCACGAGAUGCUUCAGAUUAA